GAUCCACUACCCCCUCGAAACAAACCAAACUGGUUAGGUGUGUGCGUAGAUAUAGCAAUAGCAAUACAUAUAUCUCGCAACAUAAGUGUGUGUUUCAAUUCUACUAAUUUUUUCCCCCUUUUCUUAUCCUCAACGUCAAUCUAUACACCAUCAGGGUUUUUGAAUUGCGAGUUUUUAGGGAUCCAGGUUUUUGGGGAUAUAUUGUUGGAUAUAUUACUAUUUAGGGUUAGUGAUGGAAAAUGGUGAACAUAAGGUGGAGGACUUUGAUAAAGAUGUGGUGGGAGAUGGUAAUGGUGGUGCGGAGAGCGUGUCGGUAACGGUCGAGGUGGAAGGAAGUGUUGAUGGUAGAAAAGAUGAAAAAGAAGAAAAUGGUGGUGAUCCUGUUGAUGAGGGACAAGUGGUGGUAGAUGAAAAUGGUGAGACUGAAACAGUUGUGGAAAAGGCGUCGGUUGAUCCUGUUGAGGAGGUUGUAUCUUUGGAGGUGAACGGAGGGGAACGUAUGUCUGAUAGUACGACCGUGGAGCUACCUGUUGUGAUCGAAAACGACAAAAGUAACGAGCCCACGGAUUUCGAGGAACCCGAGGUGAGAACUAACGAGGAGGGAACUACAUCAGGCAGUACUGUCGGUAAUCAGUCGAGUGGAUUUGAAGCUAGUGAAGCUACGAAUGACGGUUUUAGUGAGACAAAAGGGAUUGAUUCGGUGCAGGCAAUUGACGGGGAAAGUACUUCCGAUAAGAGUGCAGGGGAUGAAACUAGUGAAUUGGAAACUGAUGGUGGUGAAAAAGAUGAAGCGAAAAGGGCGGGUGCAAAUGAUGAACAAAAAAUUCAUAUUGAUGUAAGCAGAGAUGAGUCGGAUAUGUUGGAAAAUAAUGGGGUUAAAGACAAUGGGAUAAAAGAGGUUGGACAUGUAUCUAAUGCGGAUGUAUUGGAAGACGUUAAAGACGUUAACAAAAAGCCAGUUACUUUAGUCUUAGAAGCUUCUGAAAAUGGAGUUUCAGACCAUGUUGAUUCGGAUGAAACAGUGAUUCGUGAGGACGGUGUUAAUGGAGAUUCUGUUAGUUGCGAAAUACAGCUAGAUGGUGAGAUAGGAGUUGAAGCAAACGGAGAUGUAAAUGAAAAAGAUACGCUGGUCACUGAAAGUAAAGAUGACGACAAUGUUAAACUGAAGGAAAAGUUUGAAACUUCAAAUAAUAACUUGCUUAAUGUGCAAAACGGAUCAACAGUCGAACACGUUCAAGAGGAGGAACCGAAAACUUUUGAUCCAUUGUCAGAGCAUCAAGAUGAUAAAAAAGUGAAAGAAGGAAGCACUUCAGCCAUUAAUGAAAAAACAGCAAUUCCCGAAGUUGAAAAAAGUGAGCCGGAAAAUCAUGAAGUGAAAAAAGAUAUGCCGGAGAAGAAAGAACCAGAAUCGAGUCCUGUUAUAGGUGUCUCUAUAUCCACACACGAAUCUGCAACUCCCAAAUAUGAUUCAUCUUCAGGAGAUCAAGAUGAUAAAAAAGCAAAAGAAGGAAGUACGUCAGCCGUUGGUGAGCCUGAUAGCCGCGUGGAAAGAACAGCAAUUCCCGAAGUUGAAAAAAGUGAACCGGAAAAUCGUGAACUGAAACACGAUAUGCCGGAGAAGAAAGAACCAGAAUCGAGGCCUGUUAUAGGCGUCUCUUUAUCCACACACAAAUCCGCAACUCCUAAACAUGAUUCAAACCCUAAUCAAUCUCCGGGUUAUAGUUCCAAAUCAAACCUGGAAAAUCAUGAAGUGAAACAAGAUAUGCCGGUGAAGAAAGAACCAGAAUCGAGGCCCGUUAUAGGUGUCUCUUUAUCCGCACCCAAAUCUGCAACUCCCAAACAUGAUUCAAACCCUAAUCAAUCUCCGAUUCAUAAUUCCAAAUCACACCCGGAAAAUCAUGAAGCUAAACAAGAUAUGCCGGUGAAGAAAGAGCCUGAAUCGAGGCCCGUUGUAGGCGUCUCUUUAUCCACAUCCAAAUCCGCAACUCCCAAACAUGAUUCAAAACCUAACCAAUCUCCGAUUCCUAAUUCCAAACCAACUACUGCACCGGCACCCGUCGCGGCUCCAUCUACAACAUCAACUCGCCCUGCUGGUCUUGGCAGUGGUGCACCACUGCUGGAACCGGCUCACCGUGUGGUGCAAUCUCAACGAAGCGGAACCGCUUCUCUGCAAAACCAAGUGAUUGAGGAACCAACAAACGGGGAAGCUGAUGAAAACGACGACACCCGUGAAAAGCUCCAGAUGAUUCGGGUCAAGUUUCUGAGACUUGCCCGUAGGCUCGGGCAGACUCCUCACAACGUUGUUGUGGCUCAGGUCUUGUAUAGGUUGGGGUUAGCUGAACAGAUAAGAGGCAGUAAUGCGGGCCGUGUUGCAGCUUUUAGCUUCGAGCGUGCUAGUGCCAUGGCUGAGCAGUUGGAAGCAGCGGGUCAAGAACCGCUUGAGUUCUCAUGCACCAUCAUGGUUCUUGGGAAAACAGGGGUCGGGAAAAGUGCAACGAUUAAUUCGAUAUUCGACGAGGUUAAGUUUGAAACCAGUGCGUUUCAACACGGAACAAAGAAAGUUCAAGACGUUGUCGGAACCGUUCAGGGUAUUAAGGUUCGUGUUAUCGACACACCAGGCCUUCUUCCUUCUUGGGCCGAUCAGAGGAAAAACGAGAAAAUUCUUCACUCGGUUAAACGGUUUAUCCAAAAAUCACCUCCCGAUAUCGUUUUGUAUCUUGACCGGUUGGACAUGCAGAGUCGAGAUUCCGGUGACAUGCCUCUUUUGAGAACUAUAACCGAUAUAUUCGGUCAGUCUAUAUGGUUUAACGCUAUUGUGGUUCUGACACACGCUGCAUCGGCUCCUCCUGAAGGGGCAAACGGUACUGCUACUAGUUACGACAUGUUUGUGACACAACGGUCCCAUGUGGUCCAGCAAGCCAUUCGGCAGGCUGCGGGUGAUAUGCGGCUCAUGAACCCUGUUUCGUUAGUGGAGAAUCAUUCGGCUUGUCGAACGAAUCCUGCCGGUCAAAGGGUUUUGCCAAACGGUCAAGUGUGGAAACCGCAUUUGUUACUACUUUCUUUUGCUUCGAAGAUUCUCGUUGAGGCGAAUAUGCUGUUAAAGUUGCAAGACUCGCCACCUGGCAAACCGUUUGCGGCUAGAACCCGAGCACCGCCUUUACCGUAUAUUCUUUCGAAUCUUCUUCAGUCGAGACCGCAGCUGAAGUUACCUCAGGAGCAGUUUGGUGAUGAUGAUGAAGACGGUGAUGAUGACAUCGACGAGUCGUCUGAUGAAGAAUCGUCGGAAUACGACGAGUUACCGCCGUUUAAACGAUUGACGAAUUCCCAACUGUCAAAGCUUAGUAAAGCACAGAAGAAAGCGUAUUACGAUGAAUUGGAAUACAGGGAAAAACUCUUCAUGAAGAAACAAUUGAAGGAAGAGAAGAAACGAAGAAAAAUGAUGAAGAAAAUGGCUGAAGAAGCGAAGAAUUAUCCGAGCGAUAUUACCGAUAAUAAUAACGUAGAGGAAGACAGUAGUGGUGCUGCAACGGUUCCUGUUGCUGUUCAGGAUAUGACUUUACCUACUUCGUUUGAUGCCGAUAAUCCUACUCAUCGGUACCGAGCUCUCGAUACGGCUAACCAGUGGCUCACUAGACCGGUACUUGACCCACACGGUUGGGACCAUGAUGUCGGAUAUGAAGGAAUCAACGUAGAACACUUGCUUGCGGUCAAAGACAAGAUACCCGUGUCGUUUUCCGGUCAGAUCACCAAAGAUAAAAAAGAUGCUAAUCUCCAAAUGGAGGUAUCAAGUGCGUUAAAACACGGGAAAUCAAACUCAACCACUGUAGCAUUCGAUAUGCAGACUGUUGGAAAAGAGUUGUCUUAUACGCUAAGAAGCGAAACUCGGUUCAUUAACUACAGAAAAAACAAAGCGUCAGCUGGUAUUUCCGCUACUUACUUUGGUGAUUCGUUAACCGGUGGUGUGAAAUUCGAGGACAAGUUAAUGAUUAAUAAACGCGGGCAGUUGGUGGUGGCUGGUGGAGCGGUAAUAGGCCGUGGUGAUGUUGCUUAUGGCGGCAGUUUGGAGGCUACAUUAAGAGAUAAAGAUUAUCCUUUGGGUCGGUUUUUGUCGACUAUUGGUCUUUCAGUUAUGGAUUGGCAUGGUGAUCUGGCGCUUGGAUGGAACGCGCAGUCUCAGAUUCCUAUCGGUCGGUUUACUAAUCUGAUCGGCCGCGUUAAUUUAAAUAACAAGGGCUCUGGACAAGUUAGCGUUCGUUUGAAUAGCUCGGAACAGCUUCAAAUCGCGUUAACCGCUUUAGUUCCACUUGUCAGUAAGCUAUUGGGUUAUUAUCAAGAUCGAGAUUCAGCGUAUUAAUCGGAUACUUUUGGGUUCAAGAUUGAAGAAAGUUAAAUGUGGUGUAUAACUGUAUAUGCUGCAGGAGUGUAAUCUUUUGAUGAUCAAUAUGUUGGGCCGAUCUUGAAAUAUAUAGCGAAAAGAAGGCGGUAAUGUUUUGGGAAGAGUAGUUAAAUGCACAAAAGGCUGUAGUGGUAGAGCUAGAUUUGAAGCAAAUCACCAUGAUGCUGGUUUUCUUUUUUAUUUUCGUUUUGUGUUUAAUUUUCUUCUCGGUAUAGAGAUGUUCUGGUUUAGAAUGGGGGCGGGUUUAGUUAUUGUAUUAUACGUAUGAUGAGUAUGUGACUCACAAAGGUCUUAAUUUGGUUCAGUGAACAUGACUCUUUUUCUACUUUGAAAAAUCUGUUUGGCUUACAAGUU